AGGCAGGGAGAGGGAGAGAGAGGGGAAUAGGAGGGGCUGUUGAUUACAGCACUGGGAGAAUGUGUGUGUGUUUGUGGGUGCAGGGCUGUUUUAGGGGGGUGAGGUGAUUCGUGCUCAACCCCCCCGCACACUAAUCAAUCCGGACCCCUGGUGUUGUCGUCGGCAACCAUCUGCGUACAGAUAGAAUGUUCAGGGUGGGAGCGCGCCAGCCCAGCCACGGGAAAACGGCACAGCCGCGUCACAGCGUGUGUGCGAGUGUGUGUGUGAGAGCCACGGGGAGUGAACAUGCCCCACUCGCGGCAAGUGCAGCCCGAGCGCUCGCCACCGUUCGCGACAGGCAGCCGUUAGCAGGAGCGAGGGGGAGGGCGGGAAGUGCUCAGAGGGAGGAGAGGUGGAAGAAAGGAGGAGAGAGGAGCAGAGGAGGAGAAGAGGGAUAGGAAGAGAGGGAGUGAGCUGCUUUCACCUGACGGCCCUGGCCGGUUCGGGAAUAUCGAGAAGGGGACCCGCGCAUGCACGCACGCUGCCGCCUUCUCGCGGGACCAUGUCGUUGACCACUGGAUUUGGCUACCAGUUGCCGGGCAUUACCACCGUAACCUAUGUUUUUGUUUACAGCCCGGGGACAGUCCAACGGGACCCCAGCCCUCCUCCCGCGGGGCCCUCGCACACACUCUCAGGAGCCCGGGGCCCUAAACGGAAACUCUACAGCGCCGUGCCAGGGCGCACCUUCAUCGUGGUCAAACCGUACACACCACAGGGAGAGGGAGAGAUCCAGCUGAACCGCGGAGAGAGGGUCAAAGACUACCACUCAAACGCAGUGGAAGUGUUAAGUAUAGGAGAAGGGGGUUUCUGGGAAGGGACGGUGAAAGGAAGAACCGGAUGGUUUCCUGCAGACUGUGUGGAGGAGGUACAGAUGAGACAGUUUGAUCCUCGACUUGAGACGAGAGAGGACCGAAACAAGAGGCUGUUCAGACAUUACACUGUGGGCUCCUAUGACAACUUUACCUCAUAUAGUGAUUACAUCAUCGAGGAGAAGAACGCUGUGCUCCAGAAGAAAGAGAAUGAGGGAUUCGGCUUCGUCUUGCGGGGAGCGAAAGCGGAAACACCCAUUGAAGAGUUUACACCCACACCUGCCUUUCCUGCACUCCAGUACCUGGAGUCUGUGGAUGUUGAGGGCGUGGCCUGGAAGGCGGGGCUUAGACUGGUGACUUCCUCAUUGAGCUGUGUAAAUAGUGUUAACGUGGUAAAAGUGGGACACAAGCAGGUGGUGUCACUCAUCCGGCAGGGUGGGAAUAACCUCUUUGAUGAAGGUGGUGUCAGUCACACGCAAGCCAGAGUCUGA